CCCCCUGCGGAUCUCAGCCUCUCACAGCGGCUCGUCCUUCACACGCUGCCCGCCUCGGAGCGCCUCUCCCCGGGCUGCAGACGGCGGAGGGCUCGGUGGAGCAGCGGCAGCAUCUGGAGGAGCAUGCCCUGGGGCUGGCGCGGACAUGAGCGUGACGUCGUGGUUCCUGGUGAGUGCGUCGGGGACUCGACAUCGUCUCCCGAGAGAAAUGAUCUUUGUCGGGCGAGAGGACUGCGAGCUCAUGCUGCAGUCUCGGAGUGUGGACAAACAACACGCCGUCAUCAACUACAACCAGACCAACGACCAGCACCUGGUCAAGGACCUGGGCAGCCUCAACGGGACCUUUGUGAAUGACCUGAGGAUCCCGGACCAGACUUACAUCAGCCUGAAGCUCAACGACAUCAUCCGCUUCGGCUACGAUCCUCACGUCUACGUCCUGGAGAAAAGUCAACACAAGGUCCCAGAGGAGGCGCUGAAGCAUGAGAAAUACACGAGUCAGCUGCAGCUCCAGAGCCCCCCCGGCCCCCCCACGGCCCCCCGCCCGGACCGACCCCUGGACCCCCCCACCGAGAGACCGAGGACCGGACCAAGACCCCCGGAACCAAAGCAGACUCAGGUCCGACUCCUCUGUACGGGCAGCCGGCGUGGUGGGGAGACCAGGACUACAGGGACCGCCCCCCCUCAGAUCUGCAGAAGGACUCGGAGGACUCGGACCAGAACAAGCCCUGGUACUUCGAGAUCCCCACGCGAGACAGUCCGGCCCAGGUCCAGUCCGAGUCCCGGGUUCCAGACCGAGACUCCGGCCGUGGUCCAGAGCCACGCCUCCUUCACCAUCGAGUUCGACGACCUGACGCCGGGAAAGAUCAAGAUCAAAGACCAGGUCACCAAGUUCUCCAGGACCCAGAGAAGACCGGAGCCGGACCGGACCAGAGCGGAGCCGGACCGGACCAGAGCGGAGCAGGAGGGCCCUGGCGUGAUGUCAUCGCAGAGGAAGGUUGCUGAUUGGCUGGUGCACAGUGAUGUCAGCGUGAUGCGGCGCCGCCCCAAAAGCGACGACAUGUUCAGCACCAAGAGCGACCACGCCGUGAAGAGCCGGACCCCCCGAGAUCAUCAUCAUGAGGACGGGACUCAGAGUGACUCAGAGGAUCCUGUCCAAUCAGAGCCCUCGACCGCCAUGGACACGCCCCCAUAUCCGGACCACGCCCCCUCUGUUCGCGUAGCCCUGCCCCCUCAACAGGCCCCGCCCCCUGGACAAGCCCCGCUCCCUCAGCAGGCCCCGCCCCCUCAGCAGGCCCCGCCCCUCAGCAGACCCCGCCCCCUCAGCAGGCCGCCCCCUCAGCAGGCCCCGCCCCCUCAGCAGGCCCCGCCCCCUCAGCAGGCCUUCAUCAUCGAGUUUUACGACGAAGACAAUCCACGAAAGAAGAGAUCCAUGUCCUUCACCCACAGCCCCCAGUCGGAGGUGCAGGCGGCGCUCAGGGCUCGCCUGGAGCGGCGUCGACCGGACCGACCGGCCUCGGUCCACGGGACCCUGGAGUCCAAGUCCCCGAGGUCCAGCUCCCUGAAGAGGGACCGGUCCGAGCCCCCGACCAGAGAGGACGGUCCCGCCGCCCCGGUCCGGCCCUUUGGCAGCGUGGGCAGGAAGUCAAGACUCGCCCAGGACUUCACCCAACUCCUCAAAGACCCGGGUCCAGACCUGGUCCAGACCAAGACCGGACCCGACCUGGUCCAACCCACCAGAGAUACGCCCCUGACCCCGCCCAAGUCUGCCCCGCCCAUCAUGCAGGGGGCACCAGAGGACGACAGUGUGAGCGACGCAGGAACCUACACCAUUGAUAACGAGCAAGACCCCGAGGUGGAGAGGGCGCGGAGCAUGAUAGACCAGGUGUUUGGAGUCCUGGACUCUCCGGAGUACAACAGUGACAUCACCUCCUCCACACCUGAGCAGGUCCUGGGUCCUGAGGAGGGCCCGCGGUGGGUCUCUCGUUGGGCCAGUUUAGUGGACGAGUCCGGAUCCAGUCCUCAGUCUGGACCAGGUUUAGACCACAGCGAGACCAAGACCCGUCGGAUCCUGCCUCAGAGACCGGGCGAGAAACCGGACUCACCUGGACUUCAUCGGACCCAAGACCCUGGUGUGCACCAGACAAAACAGGACCAGAGACCGGACCAGAGACCGGACCAGAGACUGGACCAGAGGCCGGACCAGAGACCGGACCAGAGGCCGGACCAGGAGAGACCUGAGGCUCAGUGGUUGGUGGUUCAGGAUGACGUGGAUCCCGACAGUCUGAGUGACGUGAGCCGAUCAGAAGAACCUCCAAGACCCCAGAACCAGAGUCCGGUCCAGAGUCCGGUCCAGAGUCUAGUCCAGAACCGGACCAAGACCCCGCCCACCACGGUCCUGAUCCGACACCUGAACCAGGAGCCCAGGAGAACCGGGAUCAAACCCAACACCUCCGCUCCAGACCUGAGGACCCACGGGACCAGAGCUGAGACCAGGGCCGAGACCAGAGCCGAGACCAGGGCCGAGACCAGGCCCGAGUCCAGACCAGAGUCCAGACCUGAGACCGGGUCUGGGGGCUUCUUUCGUCAGGAGAGUUUCACCAGAGAAAGACCGGACGAGGUCCAGAGGAAGAAACUGCCCCACAUCUCCAGCCAGCCCUCGCUCCGAGACCUGGACCCGGACCUGAUCUCAGCGGACUUCCUGUGGCAGCCCUUGGCCCUGGACUCGGACUCGGACUUGGACAGCGUGAGCACAGCGAGCGUCGUCAGCGCCCACAACGAAAACAACGCCAAACGCCCGAGCGCCCAGGCCCAAGGGCACAACAACAAGAAACGCCCCAGCACACACCGAGGUCACAAAGACCGGACCGCCGCCGGGUCUAGACCUGGUUCUGGGUCUAGACCCGGCUCUGGCUCUGGUUCUGGUCCGGUCUCGGUCUCGGCGAGGGACCGUCUGUCGGAGAAAUGGCGCUCACACGCGGAGGGGGCGGGGCCAGACAAGAAAACGAUGGAGAAGAAGUCUGGGCCUCAGUCUCAGGUCCUGAUCCGGUCCAACAGUUUGUCUGCACCACGUCCCACCAGAGCCUCCAUGCUCCGCCGGGCCCGGCUGGAGUCCGACACCGAAGAACCGGAACCGACCAAGACCAAGACCCCAGAGCCCCCAAAGACCAAGACCGAGUCCGGACCAGACACCAGACCGGAGACCCGACCAGAAACCAGACCAGAGACCAGACCGGAGACCAAGAAGCUCUCACGCCUGGACAUCCUGGCUCUGCCUCGGAACCGGGCCGGAUCUUUCACCGGGACCAGCGACAGCGAGAACUCAGCUCGCUCCUCGGCCAAUCGGAACGCAGAGCUGAACAGGAAGUCGUCUGUUGGAGACAAAGGGGGCGGGGCCAAGCAGAGCCAGACCAGAACCAGGUCCAGAACCAGGUCCAACGGGUCCAAGGCCGGAACCGCUCGGAAACUCAAAGCGUCGUCUUCAUCAGAGGAGGAAGAGCCCGCCCCCUCCACAGCCCCCAUCCAAUCAGAGGACGACCCCUACCAGACCUGGACCAAUCACAGCGCAGAGAUCGCUAAACUGAGUCAGGAUUUGGCCAAAGACCUGGCGAUCUUGGCGAAAGAAAUCCACGAUGUCGCCGGAGACGCAGAAACGGACUUCACCUCCCAGGAUGCACCUGGAGCCACCGUCUGCACCACAGAGGAGUUGGUGCAGCAGGUCCCAGACGCUGGACUGAACUUCCAGAAGCUUCCUCCAGGCGGCGCCUCCGAGUCGCAGCUGGACUUCAACAUGAACCAAUCAGAGCGCAGAACACACGAGGCGCUGGCCCUGCAGUCGCUCCUGUCGCCUGUGAGUGACCUGAGCCACUGUCUCCGAGAAAACACCGAGUCACUGCUCCUCAACCUCAGGACUCUGCUCCAGACCAAACCCGGACUCUGGGACGAGAUCGAGGCCAGGAUCAACAAAGAGACUCAAGUCCCCGAAGACCAGAGCCAAAACCAGGUUCUGGUCGGGAUCCUGCAGGACCUGAAGAAAGUCCUGGUCCAGAUUCAGGUGAUGAACUGUGUCGUGGAGACGCCUCGAGUCCAGACCAAAGACAAGAAACCAGCCCCCAAGUCCAGAGCUACGGACCAAAGGAGGACCUGA